AUGGCUAUUACCUCCAAAUCCAUAGCUUUAACAUUCAUCUUCCUAUCAUACACAGUUUCUUGCGUCUCAAGCCAGCGAGAAACCAAGUUUCUCAACCAUGGCUUCCUCGAGGCUAAUCUCCUCAAGUUCGGCUCCUCCAAGGUCCACCCCAGUGGCCUCUUGGAGCUGACCAACACUUCCAUGAGACAAACGGGUCAAGCAUUUCACGGCUUCCCCAUACCUUUCACAAACCCUAACUCCACAAACACGAUAUCUUUCUCCACCAGUUUCGUCUUUGCCAUAAUCACUCCAGGAUCCGGAGCCCCAGGCCACGGAUUGAGCUUCGUUAUCGCUCCGUCAAUGGACUUUGGUCAAGCCUUCCCCAGCAAUUAUCUCGGCCUCUUCAACACCUCCAACAAUGGAAACUCCUCUAACCGCAUUCUCGCUAUUGAAUUCGACACCGUGCAAUCCGUGGAGAUGAAUGAUAUUGACGACAAUCACGUUGCCAUUGACCUAAACGGAGUGAUAUCCAUCGAUUCUGCACCGGCUGCAUAUUUUGAUGACAAACAGGCCAAGAACGUAAGCUUGAGGCUUGCGAGUGGUGACCUAAUCAGAGUCUGGAUCGAAUACAAUGCGACUGAGAUGAUGCUCAACGUCACAUUGGCUCCUUUAGAACAUCCAAAGCCAAACUUUCCUCUUCUCUCAAGGAAAAUGAAUCUUUCAGGGAUCUUAUCCCAAGAAAAUUUCAUCGGCUUCGCUUCUUCGACCGGAACCAUCACGAGCACACAUUUUGUUCAAGGCUGGAGUUUCAGCAUAGAAGGGAGAGCAGCAGAAAUUGAUAUCACCAAGCUUCCUUCUCUUCCAGACUCGCCGCCGUCUCCGUCCCCGAAUCCUCCAGUUUCACUCAAGAAGAGUUCGAACAAUACGAAACAGAUCAUAAUCAUCGCUGCAUCAGCAACAGUUGUUGUCACGAUUGUGAUUAUCCUAGGGUUUUGGAUCUUCCGUAGAAGGCAAACACUCAUCACAGGAGGCGCAAGGAAAUUCUCCUACAAGACGAUUUCAAGUGCAACAAGUGGUUUCAGCAGAUCCUUAGGAGAAGGAAACACCGGACGUUUCUUCAGAGGACAACUAGCUCCAGGAGAGACAAUUGCCGUAAAAAGAAUUACUUGCAGCACAAGGCAGCAAAAGCUCUCCUUGAUAGCUCGUAUCGAUACCAUCUCAAGGAUACGACAUAGAAACCUCACUAAUCUACUUGGAUAUAGCAGCCAAGGCAAUGAGGUCUAUCUCAUUUACGAGUAUGUCUCUAACGGAAGUCUUGACCGGUUCUUGUUCAGCAACGACAGACCGGUGUUAACCUGGUCAGAACGGUUCAAUGUCGUGAGAGGGAUUGCCACAGGAUUGCAGUACCUACACGGCGAGUGUCAGAGAGCUCUCAUUCAUGGGAACGUCAAAAGCAGCAAUGUGCUCCUUGACGAAGAACUGCAAGCUCGGCUUGGAGAUUACGGCCAAGGAAACAGGCAGAGCAACAACACAGGUCAUGCAGCUGGAGAGCUUGUUGAGACAGCGGCUGUACAGACAAGUGACGUGGACGUGUUUGCGUUUGGAGUGCUGAUAAUGGAGAUUGUGUGUGGGCGCAGAGUUGUGGAGCCAUCAAGGCCACCGGGAGAGAUUAGUUUGGUGAAUUGGGUGCUUCAAGGGUUUAGGAAUGGCAAUGAGCUCGAGUGCUGCGAUGUAAGAAUCAAUACAAAUGAAUUGGUGGAACGUGAAGUGCUGCUUGUUCUUAAAACAGGACUUCUAUGUAUAAAUAGAUCUCCCCAAGUCAGGCCAGUUAUGAGGAGAGUGGUGCAGUAUCUUGAUGGAACUGCCUCACUCCCUCAAGACGACAACGUCUUCAAUGGAGUCUAA